AUGAAAUACUCAAUGCUUCUCGCUUCAUUGGCGCCCACCCUGAUGGCCGCACCACUCACUCGCGAUACGUUCGAAUGGACGCCAACGUUAGCUGGCUACUUCGACGUUGUUUUCCAAUACAUGCAGCAGGCUCAAUCGCCCGGACAACCAUCCGCAACUUGUGACCUUUCAAGAGCUGCUAUGCCGAUCGCACCGACGCCACUGCCCAAUCCGACGGGGCUGAUACUUGAGCAUGUUGCUGUGGGCAGAGGUAUACAGAACUAUACAUGUGCCAAUGCCACAGCCACUCCUGCGGCACUCGGGGCGGUUGCGAGAUUCUACAAUGCCUCCUGUGUGGCGGCCGACUAUCCAGAUCUUCUCGGCCUCAUCCCCAACCUGGCGCUGCAAUACCCCCUGCCGGCUGAUCCAUCUGCUCCUCUUGCCCCGUCGGACCUUCAACUUUCGACACAUCACUACUUCUCCAACGCCUCCACUCCGGUCUUUGCUUUUGACACUGCCACCUCUCCCAAAUUUGGCACAAUCAUUGCUCAAAAAAUACACUCCUCCGACGCACCAGCCAACGCUGUGCCCGGCAUCAGUGGUACCGGCAACGGUGCGGUCCCUUGGCUUUACCUGACUCCUCGAUCCACCAGUGAAAGCCCAAUCAAAGCCGUCUACCGCUUAAGCACGGCGGGUGGGCAACCGCCGGAGACCUGUGCAAAUAUGCCUGCGGCUUUCAGCGUGGACUAUUCGGCGAUCUACUGGUUCUACAAGUGA